UGAAUUCUUCUCCUCCUCCCAGGACUCUGUUUUCUGAAAGAUGGACAAGGACCGGAAAGAACGUAUACCACAUUCCUGGAAUUGCCCCGGACAUGAUGAGAUUGAUCCUUCUCUAUGCCUACACCAAUGCAAUUUCCAUCAAUUGUGAGAACGUGGAAGACCUGUUUAUGGCCGCUGACCAAUUUAACAUCCUGGGUCUACAAUGGCGCUGCUCAGAUUUUCUCAUAGACCAGCUGUGCCCCAAGAACUGCGUUGGCAUUGGCAGAUUCUCCAACCAUUUUCACUGCCACAAGCUGCAUGAAAAAACCCAUGCGUACAUUCUCUGCCACUUUCAUGAAAUAACAACGACCUCCGAGGAGUUUCUGGAACUGAGCCUAACGGAGUUUGAAGAUCUCAUCGAGAAAGACGAUCUUAUGGUUAAAAGGGAGCAAGUCGUCUUCGAAGCUAUAAUCAAAUGGAUUGAGUACCACCCAACUCAACGUAGGCAACAUAUUACCACCCUACUGCCUAAGGUUCGAAUGGCUUUGAUAAACACCAGGUAUUUGAUGAACAACGUGAUGACCAACAUCCAUGUAAAGGACAACAAAGAAUGUAUGAGUAUUGUCACCAGUGUGCUGAAAACAAAGAACGACCUAAACGCAAACAGAUCCUCCGGGUCAGAUUUCAUGAACCCAUUGACAAGGCCGCGCCUGCCUAGUGCAAUUCUACUCGCCGUUGGCGGCUAUAGCUCUAGUAACCCUACCAACGCCAUGGAGACCUACGACUGCAGAGUUGACCGCUGGGUGGACAUCACCUAUGAUAUGGAAAGCCCCAGGGCCUAUCAUGGAACGGCGUACCUAAAUGGUUAUGUGUACCUGGUUGGAGGGUUUAACGGCGUGGAUUUCUGCAAUAGCGUAAGACGGUUUGACCCAGUCAGGAAGAUCUGGAAACAAGUGUCUCCGAUGAAUCAUAAGCGCUGCUAUGUCAGCACGGCAGUCCUGGAAAACCGGCUCUACGCCAUGGGCGGGAUUGAUGGCUACAUUCGAUUGGAAUCUGCAGAAUGUUACGACCCAGAAACCAAUCAAUGGGAUCUUAUAGCUCCAAUGAAUGAAAUAAGAAGCGAUGCAAAAGCCACCACUCUCAAUGGCAAGAUCUAUAUAUGUGGCGGAUCCAAUGGAGAAGAAUACCUCUUUACAGCAGAAGUCUACAACCCAACUACAGACCAAUGGAGCAUGAUCGCCCCGAUGUGGAACCAACGCAGUGGUGUCGGUGUCAUCGCCUAUGGAGAUCUGAUCUAUGCAGUAUGUGCAAUGAUUCCUUUCUACCCAAAUGAGAUUGAAGUCGGAGGAUGUAAUGAAGACGGCAGACUGAGCAGUGCCGAGGCCUAUAACCCAGCCAACAACAGCUGGACCGAGAUCUCCUCCAUGUUCAGCCCACGCAGCAACUUCGGGAUUGAAGUAUUGGAGGAUCUCCUUUAUGUGACUGGAGGUUUCGACGGUUCCAGAGCGAUCUCCGAAGCAGAGUGCUAUGACAGGAAGACCGAAGAGUGGUACGGCGUCCACAACAUGAACAUCAAUCGCUGCGCCCUGGACUGCUGCAUUUUGCCCGGCCUCCCCAACGUCCGGGAAUAUGCCGCCAGUCGAGACACGUUCUACAGAGAGGGAGCGAGGCGGGCAUUAUCCGACAGCUCUUUAUAAGUGUAACCGAAUGAUGUGACUCUUUUAAAGCACAUUAAUA